CCGCCCGAGGGCCCUUGGCAGCCCGAGGGCGGCCCGCCGCGCCGCGGCCGAGCCCGCGAUAUGCGCCUCGGCGCCCCCGCCUUGCAGCACCUCUUCGAGGCCGCGGGCGGCGCCGAGGCCGCCGCGGCGCCCGUCGUCGUGGCGCCCCAGCGCGGGCGCGGCGAGUUCGACCAGGCGCGGCGCCGCUCCCGAGGAAGCCGCCACAGCAGGGCCCACGCUGCUCGACGCUGCCCGACGCUGCUGCGCCGGGGAGUCGGCCGACGCGGCGGACUGCAAGGUCGCCCCGGAGGCCCAUGCCGGGCGGCACGAGGUGCGGGACGCCUUCGCCGAGGACCCCUUCGAGCGGGAGUACUGGCGCCAGAUCCAGGAGGCCCACGUGGCCAAGCAGGAGCAGCAGUGGCGCGUGGUGCAGGAGCGCAACCGGGACGAGGAGCGGAGGCUGCAGGAGCUGCGCCUGCGCGUCGCGGAGGGCGCCAAGAGGGAGCGCGCCGCGGCCUUCCUGAGGGAGCACGGCUUCCGCGGGCCCAACGCGCGGCGGCGCCGGCUCUUCGUCUGCGGCCGCUUCACCUACCCGCUGCACGCCGCGGCGCGGCUGAACAGCGCCUCCGCAGCCGAGGUGCUUCUGUGGGCAGGAGCAGACGGUGAUCUCGAGGACUCCGACGGGCUCACGCCGCUCGCGCUGGCCUGCAGCCUCAACAGGCGCGGCUCCCACGACAGCCUGAUCGCCGUCCUCUCCACCGCGGGCGCCGGCGGCACGCCCCUCUGA